AUGAACGGAUCCCAUAUCAAGCAAGCGGCGAUCCAGAAGGCCAAGCAGGUCGCCAAUACCGCUUCCAAUGGCGGCACCACUAAGAAGCGGAAGAAGGAAUUGAAGCCCAUUAUCACCACCGAGGCCGAGGGCCUCCAACAAGAUGCUCAGAGCGCCUCCAGUAUGGCAUCGUCGAACCCAGCGGGUGCAGGAUCCGCCGGCGCCUCAAAUUCGAACCUCCACCCCAAAUCUACUGCCAACCGCUCCCCUUCCUCCUCCUCCUCCCGCGAAGACGCUGCCGAAACAACCGCCGAUGAAGAAGACUCCGAAGAUUACUGCAAAGGCGGGUAUCACCCCGUCACCGUCGGCGAGCACUUUAAGGAUGGGAGAUACACGGUGGUCCGCAAGCUGGGUUGGGGUCAUUUUUCCACCGUAUGGCUCUCCCGGGAUAACGUCAAUGGCAAGCACGUUGCAUUGAAGGUGGUACGGUCGGCGGCCCAUUACACGGAGACCGCCAUAGACGAGAUCAAGCUGCUCAACAAGAUCGUAGCCGCCAAGCCAGACCACCCCGGCCGGAAACACGUCGUGAGCUUACUGGACUCGUUCGAGCAUAAGGGUCCGAAUGGCACUCACGUCUGCAUGGUGUUCGAGGUCUUGGGCGAGAAUCUACUGGGAUUGAUUAAGCGCUGGAACCACCGUGGGAUACCAAUGCCGCUCGUCAAGCAGAUCACAAAGCAAGUUCUUCUGGGUCUAGACUAUCUACAUAGAGAAUGUGGCAUCAUACACACCGAUCUAAAGCCGGAGAAUGUGUUGAUAGAGAUUGGGGAUGUGGAGCAGAUCGUCAAGACAUUUGUGAAGGACAAUGUUAAGAAGGAUGAUAAGGAGGAUAACCGCAAUGGACGGAGAAGACGCCGGACUUUGAUUACAGGCAGCCAGCCAUUACCGAGCCCGCUGAAUGCUAGCUUUAGUCAAGCGGAUCUGAUGAGGUUUCCUGGAAGCACCGCAAGCUCUCAUACGAGUCUCAAUCAGAUGAUGCAUGAAGGUAAUGAAUCUCCUACCAAAGACAAACAAACUGCUGUUUUGGACGAAGUCGUAAUGAGUGGUGCAAUAGGAGGCUCGAAAGACGCAUCGCCCAAGAAGGAGAAAGAGGACGAGGAGAAGCAUGGCCAACGAGAAAAGACCGCUGAUCUCCUGACUCGAGAAGUUUCCGGCAUAUCUCUGGACAAGACGAGUGAAAAGAAGAAGGCCGAAGAUGCGGUUGCUGGUGAUAUAAUAUCGGUUAAGAUAGCAGAUUUGGGCAACGCAUGUUGGACAGGUCACCAUUUCACAAACGAUAUCCAGACACGGCAAUACCGGUCCCCCGAAGUUAUUCUAGGUGCAAAAUGGGGCGCUAGUACCGAUGUUUGGAGCAUGGCUGCAAUGGUGUUCGAACUUAUAACUGGUGACUACCUUUUCGACCCCCAAUCAGGCACCAAAUACGGCAAAGAUGAUGAUCAUAUCGCCCAAAUCAUCGAACUCCUCGGCCCCUUUCCCAAGUCUCUCUGUACCUCUGGCAAGUGGAGCCAAGAAAUCUUCAACCGCAAGGGGGAGCUUCGCAACAUCCACCGACUACGUCACUGGGCACUUCCCGACGUCCUCAAAGAGAAAUACCAUUUUAAGGAGGAUGAGGCGAAGCGGGUUGCGGCCUUCCUCACCCCGAUGCUCGAAUUAACACCAGAGAAACGAGCCAAUGCUGGCGGCAUGGCGGGCGUGGAGUGGCUUCAAGAUACACCGGGUAUGGUAGGUAUGAAGAUCGAUGGGCUGGAAGUUGGGUCUAAAGGCGAAGGAAUCGAGGGUUGGGCGUUUGAGGUGAAGAAGAGAUGA